AUGGAUGUCACGCGGUUAUUUGAAGUCACGGAGCUCUUGGAUCACGUCUACGAAUUCCUUGAGCCAUCUUGGCACUUCGCGCUUGCUCGGACGUGCAAGUCGAUCUACUACAGGUCAGACAGAGUCCUGAGCAAGCAUCGCGCCGCGUACAAGGAUAGCCAAAUAGCCUCAGACCGUUACCCGCAAACGCUCCUACGCCUAUUCCACAGCGCUUCUUGCACGGUUGGCCCGGAUGCAAUAGAGGCAUGGCACGUGCGUGAGCUAGAGAUCUGGGGCAGCAGGAGGUCGUGGGAUGAGUGGCGGUCGUGGGAACUAUCUCCGAACGGCACAGUCUCGCUGACGCAGGACCAAGUGGCACUGAGCCUUCCGUUUGCAAUUGGAGAGCUGGAGUACCAUCUUGAAAGGUUAGAGUCAGUCAUGUCGGGCGUCCAACAUGAUAUCGCCUGCCAGCGGGUGAGAGACGGCGAGGACGGUUUCUUCAAAAUGGUGUUGAUCUCUCUUCUUCCACGACUCAAGGCCUUGAAGUUCGUCGAAAGACCGCACGAUGGGCAUACGAGUUUCACUUGGCUGAAAACCGCGAUCGGAUGGAGUCUCCGCAACCGGACCCCGUGGCCGCCGGGUUUUCUAUCACUCCGAACUGUGGCUGUUGGUGUUCCAACCGUGGCUGCUCAAGCUGGGUCUGAUGGAAUCUCAGCUCGGGUUGACGGUCUGGCUAAGCUAUUGCGACUUCCCAAUAUUGUUGAGGUGUAUUAUCGGAACCUGGAAAUGGAAUAUCAUCCAGAACUCGAAUACCUGGAUACUUCAUCGGCAUUUUACGACCUUCCCCCGGGGAGUUCCUCCGUCAAGUCUAUCAUUCUUGACAGAAUCAGGGGCGACUCGCUCGUUUUCCGAGAGGUAUUAUGCGCAGCGCCAGUUGCUCUUGAGUCAAUGAUCAUCCGCGGAGAAGCCGAUACUCAGACUGAGAGCGACCAAAUUGCUGGCUAUCUCACCGAAUCGCCGUCGAGCGCAUCAAUCAAGAACUUUCUCUACUACAACCCAGAAUUGGUCCUUGCAUCUCACUUGGUCAUCUGCAAACCGAUGAAGCUGAAGCAAAUGGCCAACUUGAGAAUCGUUAGCAUAUGUGUGCAGGACAUUGUUAACCAAGCGUCGGGAAACCUCGGAUUCCCCGAAACUCACAUCCAAGCCACCCAUGACGACGUGGUGCGAGAGUUCAAGACUGGCCUGCCGCGAUCGAUAGAGGCCGUAGCUUUCUGUGGCCUUGAAUACCUCAUUGGAUUAGGAGAGGAGAAAACUCAUAUAACAGACAUCAUUGAUGAUGGCAUCGUGGGCAUGCUCGAGUCUGGAAACUACCCAAAACUUAAAAUGGUGUUUGUUGACGGGAUUGAAAGAUUUCUGGCGAAGAAAAACCCAAAAGAUCACUUCCAAAAAGCAGUAGAGGCUGGUGCUAAACAUGGGGUUUAUAUCCACACGAUGACUAGCAAAGAUGGCCCCGAAGAGAUGACGGAUUUUCCAUCCUUGCCAGACAGACAUGACCUCAAGUCUGCUCUGCUGCCGGAAAGAGAUCCAUCCUGGUUUGUGAAUUCUUUCACAGGUGAAUGGACUGCGCCGUAUCCUUCAAAUGGGGAUGAUGUGUAUGAUUUUAGCGAAUUUGCGGACACUGUAAUUUUGUAA